GUCGUGGAGUGGCUGAUCGUCUGCACGCCGUCAUCCCUGCCCGGCCCAGAGCUUCGUUUCGUUUUCUUUGUUUUCCCCCCUUUUCCCCGCGAUUUCCUUGUUCACGAUGACGCCGUCCCGGGAUUUGUUACACCCCCAAGGGGAAUCCCAUGCAUCCCAUCUUUGUGUAAAAAUAAUUGCAGAACGGCCUCUCACGAGCUGGCCUCCUACUAAAGCACCCUUGCUGGCUACUUUCUACAAGACAUCAUCUUAAACCACCCAUGCUCUUAUUAUCCUUAAAACUCUAUUUCUAAUCCUUGAGCCCAUUUAUUCAUCUUUAAAAGCUCGAUAUCAGUUUCAAAAUCCAACUCCACGACAACUCUAGACCAAUCUUCUCAUCCAAUCAACUCAAGUAAACGAAGACUUGGGACCAGACCCUCUGCAAGCUCAACAAAGGGAAACAGAAAGGGAAAAAAAAGAAAACGAAACAAAUCAUGACCAUGACAGAUCCCACAACUGCCGGUAGCAACGCCACGGCCGAAGGCGGCCAGGGUAGUGCUCCGAUCCAGCAGGCUCCCGGCCUGCAGGAUAUGGCGCCCAAGGACACCGGUGCGGCGUUCAACGACCCCUUCCAUGACAGGCGGCAGAGCGAUGAAUGGGAUGCAUCCAAGGUACCCCCAAGCCGCUUCCAGAAGCGCAAGGGCUCCAUCUACUCGACGCCCGGCUCCCGCGAUGGUCAUGUGGACAGGAACACACAGCACAAGUUUCAUGAGACGCAUGCUGAGAAGGGUUACGGUGAGAAGAAGUAAAGAGAAAGAGGAUGAGAAAACAGGACGUUUAAUGUACCAACAAUUGUUACACUAGACUUGACGUAGUGAUAUCACUCGUCAUCUCUGGGUGCUGGGGAAAUCAGAUUGCCGCAGGCCAUGCGCCUGAUAAGACUUUAGUUAUUUUAAUUUGAACAGAAACUUGAUGAAAGACAAAAGUUCUUUGUUCUUGAAAACAUA